CAGAGCUCUUUUCAUUUUGCUAAUUCUACACCCUCUUCUCUAACCCUUUCGGCAAAUUACAAUUCCAAGGUCUUUUUCCAACUCAGAAAACUUGAGUGAGUCUCCCACCCCAUCUCUCUAAGCUCCCUCCCUAUAAUAUCACCUAUAAGCUUAGGCCUACCCUCCUCGGAGGAAAGUUAUUAAAUAUAUACUCUCAAAACACUUUGCUUUCUUUGGGAUUCGUGAUUUUCCGAAAGCUGAAUUGGCCGGAACUCUUACCAAAAUACCUCAGUAUUUACAGGUACAAGUGAUCAAAGAGAAUGGGAAGAGGAAAAAUAGAGAUAAAGAGGAUCGAAAACACAACAAAUCGUCAGGUUACCUUUUGCAAACGCAGGAAUGGCCUGCUGAAGAAAGCUUACGAACUGUCAGUCCUGUGUGAUGCUGAAGUUGCUCUCAUUGUCUUCUCCAGUCGAGGCCGUCUGUAUGAGUACUCCAACAACAACAUAAGAUCAACAAUAGACAGGUACAAGAAGGCUUGCUCAGAUACUUCUAACACAAACACUGUUACUGAAAUCAAUGCUCAGUAUUAUCAACAAGAAUCAGCCAAGUUGAGACAGCAGAUUCAAAUGUUACAGAAUUCUAACAGGCACCUAAUGGGAGAUUCCUUGAGUUCCUUAACUGUGAAAGAGUUAAAGCAGGUAGAAAACAGGCUUGAAAGAGGAAUUACUAGGAUCAGGUCCAAGAAGCACGAAAUGCUGCUAGCUGAAAUAGAGUUUUUGCAGAAAAGGGAAAUCGAAUUGGAAAAUGAAAGUGUUUGUCUCCGAACCAAGAUUGCAGAAAUAGAGAGGCUUCAGCAGGCAAACAUGGUGACUGGACCUGAGCUUAAUGCUAUUCAAGCUUUAGCCUCUCGCAAUUUCUUUAGCCCCAAUGUCAUUGAGCAUCCAUCUGCUUACUCCCAUCCCUCUGACAAGAAGAUUCUCCAUCUUGGGUAGAGGAGUUGGAGAAAACAAAUAUGGAAAAUGGUGUUUUCCAUAAUAUAAUAUGUUAUAUCAUAUUAUAUUAUAUAUUGAAAGUUAAAUAAAAUAAGGAAAUGACAACUCUUGUGAAGUUCGUAUGAUGUAAAACUGUGACUACUUUUGUUGUGUGCUUGUUUUUGGAGUAUCACUUAAUUACAAAGAAGCAUAAAUUUGGAUA